GGCAGUACACAGAAACUGAGAGAAAAACUGGAAAUGCAUAAAAAAUGGAGCCGUGCAAGAAGGAGCUGCAAUUCCCCUUAUUUGUGAAAUCAUGUGAAAUCCUUUUUCACAUUUACUGCUCCUUUGCACGUCUCAGAUCUGUUUGGGGUGGGGUAGGAGCCCAGCUGUGAUGCCUGGCCAGUGGAAGUGUUGAGUGAGCAAAGGAGCCAUGGAAACAUCCCAAGGGCAACUAAUGGCAGUGUCACAGCAGAAGUGUCUGUUUGUCCUUUCAGGUCACUUUAGACUGGAUCCUGAAAGUGGUGAGCUGAGAACAGCAGUUAAUUUGGACUAUGAGGAAGUUUCCCAGUAUGUGAUUUUAGUUCAAGCAAACAAAAGAGUCUCCUCCGCUGCAGAAGUCCAGCGUUCAGGGCUGUUUGCUGAGAACGCGGCCAUGCUGACGAUCUCCGUGCAGGACGCCAACGAAGCGCCCGCGUUCUCCAGCCACUCCUACUCUGCCCGCCUUCCCAGCUCUGUGCCCUACAAAUACCCUGUCAUCACAGUCCAGGCCACAGAUCCAGACUCAGGAGACAAUGGACGUCUGCAGUACAGCUUAGUGGGAGGUCAAACCAACGAAUUUGACAUCAAUGAAAACACAGGGCAGAUUUUUACAGUUUCUGUAGCAGGAAAAGCUGGAACAUUUUAUCUGGAAGUGCAAGCUGCAGACCAAGGCACGAGAAGACUCACAGCCCAGACAACAGUCAGUGUAACUGUUGAUGCCAGUUCCAGCAGCAACAUUGUGACGCUGGUGCUGAAUCAGAAGAUCAGUGUUGUGGAAAGAAAGAGUGCUGAAGUACAAAGGGUCCUGGAAGAGAAACUUGGAUGGGAUGUGUAUGUGCUUAAUAUUUAUUCCAAGGAGUCUGACAGAAAUUCAAGGAGCAGCACUGAUGAAACCCAAGUAAACAUCAUUGCUUUUGAUGAGGCCCACCAGGAAGUACCUGCAGAAGAUGUAAAAAGGAAGCUGCGGGAGCAGAGGGGUGCCAUCGAGCUGGGGCUGCAGCAGGUGUUCUCGGCACCUGUCAGCGCGGCGCUCGCCGAGGCUCCGGCCGCCCCGGCGCGCCCGGAGCUCGCGGCUGCCAUCGCGCUCGGGGCGCUGCUCGCCGCCACCUGCAUCGCCUUCCUGGCCUACGUCCUGCUGGAUCUGAGAAGGAAAAGAAAGUAUGGGAAACAGGAUUUGGUUAAGAAAGUGGAUAUUAUGGAUGGCAUUGAUAACCCAUGGGCAGAUGACAAAAAUGGAAGUCUGAAAAGCUUAGAGAAACCAGAGCAUGUGAAUAAUGGGAGAACUGAACUGAUGUCAUUUGACAACCUGGAAGGCACCAGAGGAGAUGAUGCUGAAAAUGACAGAAUUCAGGCCCCUGAAAAAGACAAUUACCUGGAGACAGUGCUGCUGGAUUACAAGGGUGAAAGUGAGGAAAAUGGAACACCUGAAAAAGCUGCUGAAAGUAGAAAUGUGGAGGCCCAGCCCACAGCAAGAUUCACAACAGAACAGAACUCCUUUGCAACAGACACAAACCAGAAGCCAGCUCUUUCCUUAACACCUCAUCCCACAUUGCCUGCCCCUGAGAAAGAACUGAAAGGAGUAAAAUUUUCAGAGGUGGCAGUGAUUUUGGACAUAGAGGCCGGAGAGGAUGAGCCCGGAGAUGAUGAGCCUGGAGAUGAUGAGUCUGAAAACGAUGAGUUUGGUGAUGAUGUAUCUCUCUGAUAAGAACACUCAGUGAAGAACAUUUUUAGAAAAAGCACAAUGAGACUCAUUGGAACAGCUCAGAAUUAAAUGAGCAAUAAGAAUAUGUGAAUGUUAUCCAGGUUUUAACUCUGUUGCUGUUUUAAGGCUGGAUAAGGAAGACAACAAGCAAUGUGCGGGAAGGGCUGCAGUGCUGUGCUGCAGGGGCGCUUCCCCAGCAGCAGCAGCGCUGUCUCACUGUGUAUUUAAUUUCUUCUGGCACGUGUCAAACGGGCGAGACAAUAAACCCGAUUCCAGAGGCGCUGCCUUGUCAUUGCUUCAGAUCGAGUCAUUCUGGGACAUCAAUUCUUCUGUUCUUUUGCGCAGAAGCGUCCGCGGCAGUGUCUGAAAACGAGAGUGUUUUCUAAUUCUCCUGCUUUCCUCCAUUUCUGGUUUGUUUUUUGUUUUUUGUU